UAUGAUAUCACUCUGUGGAUUCUAUUCUAUUUCAUCAGAAGGUCAUUUCUGUAAAUAUAUUUCAAAUUUUCAUAGCUGAAAACGCUGCGUUUUGUUAACUACAGUUAGUUAACCAUGGUUACACUUCUCUCCACCAAAUCAAAAUUUGUUCCUUUUAUAAUCCUCACUCCUUCUCAAGCCACACAACACAACACAACACAACACAACACAACACAGGGGCGAGUGAAAUAAAAACGACAACAACGAGAGAAUACAACAAGCGCUUGUAAACGGUUUAACUCAGCUUAAAACAGAAAAAGAAAAUGGCAGCAGCGGGUUUCCUGGACGAGGAGGAAGUCUGGAAAUGUCAAAAGCACCCUUCUAAACGUCACCGUUCUGGAGUCUGUCCAACCUGUCUCCGUGACCGUCUCUCUUCUCUCUGUCCCGACUGCGCUAACGUCCGCCCCUGUGCUUGCAGCGCCAUCACCACGUCGUCCUCGUCUUCUUCUUCGUCCUCGUUUUCUCGGUUUUCUUUAUCAGGAGGUGAGAAUUUCUCUGCCGGGAUCGGAACCGUCGGCCGUGUCAGUAAUUUGAUUGACAGUGAACCGGCCUUACGGAGAUCGAGAUCCUUGGCGGUGCCGUUUCUCCGUUCAAAGUCAAAGUACGUUGAGAAUUUAGAUUUCGUUGGAAAUGGAGUUAAUAACGAAAGUAGAAGCAAGACGACAACGGUGUCGUUUUGGUGGUGGCUAAAGGGAGGUAAUAAAAAUAGUAAAAGCAACAGAGGUGGAGACUUGGAAGAAGAGAGAAGAAUGAUGAUGAUGAAGAAAUCGAGAUCAGCGGCUGUUUCCAGGACGUCGUCGGAUUAUGGAAAACCGAAAGGGGCAAAAUGGUACUUUCCCAGUCCGAUUAAAGUUUUCAGACAGUCAAGGCUUCCCAAGGAGGUGGUGCAACUGCGAGAACGCUCACCUAUGUACAGAGGUUGAUUUUUUUUUAAUUAUUAUUAUUAUUUUUGUAGAGAAAUAAAUAUAUCUCAUAUAAAAAAGAAAUUAACUAAUCAUUUUCUUUUAUAUAUAUAUAUAUAUAUAUAUUAUUUUAUCUAAUAACUUGAGUGACAAGCAUCGUCAGACCUGUAAUUGCUAAGUUGAUGAGGAAGAAAAAUUGUAAGCAAAAUGUUAGUGUUUUGGUUUUUAAUAUUAUUUUUCUUCAA